GGAUCGAUGGACUUCACGUAAGAGGACGGGCAUGGGAUACAGCUCAUAGCCGCGCUUGACAAUGUUAUUGCGCUCCGAUGCGGCUUAUUUCUGCGCUUUUCAUCGCGGCAGGACGGAGGAGCUUCACGCAUGUCAGCAUGGAUGGUCUUUCUUUCUUGAUAUGGACUUUUUCUGUCCCCUUGUUCAGCCACAGUUCAGUGAAGUUAUCCACGCUGUGGUUUGGGAAUAUUAUGAAGGCAGGUGACAAAUGUGUCUGUUUCUCCCUGUCUUCUGUCACCGGGACGCUUAUGAGUGACACCAGCGGUCUCAGCCAUGAUUACGUGUUUGUGACACCGGUGGAGGUAGACUCACUGGGCGGCUACAUCUCUCACGAUGUGGUGGCUCGCAGCCGGCAGCGCCGGUCGCUGGUGCCAGACCCGGGUCCGCUUCACUAUAGGCUGUCGGCCCUCGGGCGGGACCUGCACUUGGACCUCAGGCCAUCUGCGGUGCUGGCGGACGGUUUUGCUGUUCACACGGUCGGCAGGGGGGGCGUCACGACGGGCCGGGCGGCUCUGGACAUUCGUGGCUGCUUCUAUCAGGGAUUUAUACGUAACCACUCCGCAUCCUCCAUAGCCGUGUCCACCUGCACGGGCCUGUCAGGGUUGAUCCGGACAUCGGAUGAGGAAUUCUUCAUCGCCCCUCUGCCCCAGCAUCUGGCAGCAGAACACAACUACAGCGCCCCCAGAGGGCACCACCCACACGUGCUUUACAAGCGCUCCGCAGAACACCGCAUCCAUUCGAGGUCCCCCCUGCACCCUGACCACGGCCUCCAGCGGGGGUGGGAAGGACAGUCCGGGAGGCAGCAUUUCUGUGGACGACGCAAGAAAUAUGCCCCUAAGCCCCCCGCUGAGGGUUGGCUUGCCAUGGAUGACGAGUUCGGAGGGCAGGGCCGGCCCAAACGGUCGCCCAUCCCCCCCAGCAAGGCAGGGGCGUUGAAUGUGGAAACGCUGGUGGUGGCCGACCGGAAGAUGGUGGAGAAGCAUGGCAGGGAGAAUGUCACCACCUACGUCCUGACUGUCAUGAACAUGGUCUCAAGCCUUUUCAAAGAUGGCACAAUUGGCACUGAUAUCAAUAUUGUUGUCGUCAGCCUAAUCCUUCUUGAAGAAGAUCCACUGGGCCUGUCCAUAAACCACCAUGCGGACCAAUCCCUCAACAGCUUCUGCCAGUGGCAGUCGGGCCUGAUAGGGAACAAUGGGAAGAGGCAUGACCACGCUGUACUCCUCACGGGACUGGACAUUUGCUCCUGGAAAAAUGAGCCUUGUGACACCCUGGGAUUUGCCCCCAUAAGUGGGAUGUGCUCUAGGCAUCGGAGCUGCACCAUAAACGAAGACACUGGGUUAGGCCUGGCCUUCACGAUAGCUCAUGAGUCCGGCCAUAAUUUCGGGAUGAUUCACGACGGUGAGGGGAACCCCUGCAGGAAGGCGGAGGGGAAUAUCAUGUCUCCGACACUGGCUGGGAAUAACGGCGUCUUCUCCUGGUCUGCGUGCAGCCGUCAGUACCUCCGCCGCUUCCUGAGUACGGCCCAAGCCUCCUGCCUGGCGGACGAGCCGAAGCAGAUCGGCCUGUACAAGUACCCAGAGCGGCUCCCCGGACAGCUUUACGAUGCCGACACUCAGUGCAAAUGGCAGUUUGGCUCCCGGGCAAAGCUGUGUAAUCUGGACUUCGUGAAGGACAUCUGCAAAUCACUGUGGUGCCACAGGGCGGGCCACAGAUGUGAGACGAAAUUCAUGCCAGCUGCGGAGGGUACGAGCUGCGGGCUGGACAUGUGGUGCCGGAGGGGCCACUGUGUCAAAUUCGGUGACGGGGGGCCCAGAGCCGUCCACGGCCAGUGGUCCACGUGGUCCAUGUGGUCCGACUGCUCCCGGAGCUGCGGAGGAGGCGUGAUGCACAGGGAACGCCACUGCAACAGCCCCAGGCCGCAGUACAACGGAAAGUUCUGUGUGGGCGCCGGGCGUCUCCACCAGCUGUGCAACACCAGGCCGUGCCCACCCAACGGGGUCAGCUUCCGUGCCCAGCAGUGCGCCGAGUACAACAGCAAGCCCUUCCGCGGCUGGUUCUACAAGUGGAAGCCCUACACAAAGGUGGAAGUGGAAGAUAUCUGCAAGCUCUACUGCAUUGCUGAGGACUUUGACUUCUUCUUUGCCAUGUCCAGUAAGGUGAAGGACGGGACCUCCUGCUCCGAGCACGGCAGGGGUGUUUGCAUCGACGGCUUGUGCGAGCCCGUUGGAUGUGACCAGGUAUUGGGUUCAAGGGCGACUUUGGAUGCCUGUGGCAUUUGUAAGGGGGACAAUUCCACCUGCAAGUUCAUCCAGGGCCAGUAUCUUCAGCAGCACCGAGCAAACGAGUAUUAUCCCAUAGUCACCAUCCCAGCUGCAGCCCGCAGCAUCCAUGUGCGUGAGAUGGAAACGUCCACCAGCUACCUGGCUGUCCGCAGCCCAAAGGGGAAAUACCACCUGACUGGGGACUGGACCGUUGAUUGGCCGGGAAAGUUCUGGUUUGCUGGGACGGUGUUUGACUACCAGCGGUCCAUUGGCCAGCCGGAGAGCCUGUAUGCGCUGGGGCCGACGAACGAGACACUUGUCUUUGAAAUCCUUCUUCAGGGGACAAAUCCAGGGGUGACGUGGGAGUACGCCCUCCCCAUGGACGAGAAGAAGCCAAGCUACACCUGGGGAGUGAUACGGUCUGAGUGCUCGGCCUCAUGUGCGGGAGGUCGGAUAUCAACAAAGGCCGUCUGUCUGCAGGAUCAGCACACGCAGGUCAGCGCCUCCCUCUGCGACCCGCGGACAAAGCCGGCGAUAACGUCUCCCCUCUGCAACACGCAGCCCUGCCCUGCACACUGGACCACCGGAAAGUGGGGGCCAUGCAGCCAGUCCUGUGGGGGCGGCCAGCAGACGAGGCCUGUCCGCUGCCUCCGCAAAGUGACCUACCAGCGCGAGGAGGUGGCCCCACACUCCAUCUGCCCCGUCUCGGCCCCCGCCGAGGUGCAGACCUGCAAUGCGGUGCCCUGCCCCCCCCAGUGGGACUCAGGGCCGUGGUCACGGUGCUCCAAGACUUGUGGCCGUGGACUGAGGAGACGCGCCGUGUCCUGCCGGGCUGGGGAUGGAGAAGGUGACGCUGCCAUGGUGCCAGAUAACCGGUGUGACGUCCGACACCGACCCGAGGAGCAGGAGACCUGCGUGGUGCGACGCUGCCCGAAGAACGAGCGGCUGCAGUGGGUGGUCACACCCUGGGGUGAGUGUUCCACGUCCUGUGGGACGGGGUCUCAGAAACGGGAGCUUCGGUGCGCUGAGAAGGGCCCCCAGGGGGAAUAUACGGAGUUUCCCGUGAGAAGGUGCCGGAACCUGCCCAAACCCGUCCUGGAACUCCAGCAGUCCUGCAGCAGGGAGGCAUGCCCAAAAUUUGGAGGAGGUCCCGACCAGAGCUCCAAUGCUGUGCCGUUGGGAUGGUACACCUCCCCCUGGCAAAAGUGUACGGUGUCCUGCGGAGGGGGGGUACAGAUCCGCAGUGUCCAGUGCCUGCAGCAUAACCGGCUGGCCUCGGGGUGCCCAUCCCACCAGAGACCCUCCCCAUCCCGAGCCUGCAACAUUCACUUCUGUCCUGCCCCUGGCCCUGCCCACAGAGGUGAGCAGCCCUGUGUGGAUUAUUUCAGCUGGUGUCACCUGGUUCCCCAGCACGGCGUGUGCAACCACAAGUUCUACGGGCAACAGUGUUGCAAGUCCUGCUCCAACAAGGCUCGGUAGCCAAGCCCAUAACCGUGCUAGGGCUGAUAUCAUGGAUCAGGAUGAACAAAACAAGAGCCGGAGACUGGAAGCUGGAAACUGGGAGCUCGAAACCCAAACUGGUUUUGGGUGGACAACACAAGGGGGAGGCUAACACACCAGCUUCUUUUCCUGAAGCACGUCCUCGGUUUGUAGGAAGGCAGGAAAGCGAGAUGUACCGCACGAGUGACUCUUGAUGACAUAUAUUCGUGACGGCUAUGUUGGACAAAUCCCCCAAACGUGUUUCCUUGUCAAGUCAUAUAAACUUAUCAGUCGUUUUUCAUAACUGGAAAUGCUGUACAGGGAAGCUUCCGCUCAGAUUACCUUCCUUGUAUAUUUGUGUUUUUUGGUUUUGAUGUCAUGUUUCGUGAUGGUAACCAUCCAUUUUUAAGCUAUUAUGGAAAUUCUAAAGAACCCCACCUGUUGUUACAUUUAUAUAUUUGUAUAUUUAAAAAUACCGGAUUUCAAGCUGAUGUUAGUGGACUUUAACUUAUUAUGGGUUGCCUGUCAAUGGAGUGCAGGCGUGUGGCUUCAUCAGUGUGGUCUAGGUCUCGUGUGAAGCAGUGUCUCACCUUGACAGAUUGUACGUGCACUUAUCCUGUCUGGCUGCCUCACUCCUUGUUAUCGGUGGUGCUCAUUUUGUCCUGAUACAAGGGAGAUAAUUUCAGCUACAGUGGAGGAAAUAAUUAUUUGACCCCUUGCUGAUUUUGUACGUUUGUCC